AAGGACCCAAUUAAGAUCAACACUCGCAAAAUUAAUUCCUUCACGUUUUUAAGAUCAUUUUUAAACCACGCUUAUGUUAGGAUAUAACCCAUAUUAACCGUAUCACUUAUUAAAUACUAGUCGAAAAACUUGCUUGUGCACGAAAUGAGGGCCUAUUUUCCGUCACACUUUCGAAUGUAUAUCUAGGACAUUUUUCGUUGCUAAGCGUCUACGCUGGAGGCAAUGAAGCCUAUAAUGUGUUCUGCGGUAUCUUCAUCCGCAAGAAAAUAGUCCAAUUGUUUGUUACCCGCAAAAUCCUACAAACACAUUGUUAAUAUAUAAAUUUGAUGGAAAAACUCUUUAUUUUUUAAAUUAUAUUUGAAAAACGUAAUUAUACGAUUCAUUAUUACAUCAAUCAGUUGUACAAAUUCACCUGACGUCAUUUCCCAUUCUGAUUUUUGUAAACUAACAAAAUGGCCGACCUGGAAAGUUCGCUUACUGCUAUGGACUGGCUCCCUCGAUUAACUGUCGGGGGAGCGAUGGCAGGCCACAUCGGCAAGGACGGAAUGAAGAUCCAGGGUGGAAAUCUUGCCAUGAGAAAGGCGCCACAUUCCCCUCUCGACACAAACGCUACUUUAGAUGAAAACGAUGGAAAAAGUCACCGAGAAGGAAAACCACCAUAUUCUUACGCCAAUUUAAUAACAUUUGCCAUUAACAGUUCAAGUAAAAAGAAAAUGACACUCAGUGAAAUCUAUCAGUGGAUUUGUGACAAUUUUCCAUAUUAUAAAGACGCUGGAAACGGCUGGAAGAACUCAAUACGACAUAAUUUAUCUCUCAACAAAUGUUUCCUCAAAGUGGCGAGAUCAAAAGAAGAUCCUGGAAAGGGCUCUUAUUGGGCAAUAGACAGCAAUCCACAGGAGGAACCCUUGCCCAUGCGACAGGCCCGCAAACGGAAAUAUGAGGUGCCGUCCGAGUACAGUCCGAUGUCUGAACACAGUAACUCCAGUAUGGGGUCCCCUACGUCCUCCACCAGUAAUUCCACACAACAAAUGCCUGCACCAUCGUCACAGAAUCAUCAAGCUGUGACAGGUGGUCAAGGUUCGUUCAUUGAGAACAAUUCCCACUUAGAACAGGACCUUAGUGCGUCCUUUAGGAGUUUGUAUAAAAUGCUCGAAAAUCCCACAGUUGGUACCAUGACCUUACCUGUUACCAUCACUGGCACAUCCCAAGGUGUUGGCUCCCUUGGCCUGCUUGGUAACUCGACCAGUCUCAGCUUGGACCUUCUGCAUAACCUGGACAGCCUGAAGGAGAGUCUAAGACUGGCCAGCACCGGGUCCUAUAACUGGCAGGAUAUCGACAUCACACAGUUCCAGGGCCUGGUUGAUACCAUGAAGCAGGGGGAGAGUGGUAACUGGUCAUUCAACCCGGAACAGUUUGCAGACCUGGCCUCCUCCCUGAGCAACUUCUUUAAUCACACAGGCAAUAACUCCCCAAGAAAUCUGCAUCACCAGGCCUUUGACCUGGCCUCAGGUAGAUAUUGUCAAGGUAACCCAAUGUUCAACGGCCACAGCAAUGACCUUCUUUUGAAGGUUCCCACGGAAUCGAUGCAAGGAAUCAGCCCACAGGUGUCACCAGCGUCCACUAGGGACAGUUUUGUGUCGGGGCGACCCAGGGUGGAGGUCCAAUCUGUGAAUUAUCCUCCCCCACCCGCACACAUUGCAGCAGACGAGAUUGAGGAAGAUUUCACAGACUGGGACAAACUUUUGUGAGGAAAUGUGAACAUUCAGUCAUUGAUAUGUCGAAAAUAGUCUGCUUUUACUGAAAGUGACUGGUUUUUCUGCUGAGAUGAAACAGUUGACUGUUUUGUGUGUUUAAACAUGAGAAUUUUUGUUUAAGACACGUUUGAAUGGUUCUGUGUUGAAUCAUUUGUCUGGUUGUGUGUUGAAUCAUCUGACUGGUUGAAACAGAGGCUUUUGACUGGUUCUGGUAAUCAGUUUGCAGAAACAAUAAAUAGAACUGUGUGUGAUUCUUUGAAUAGCACCGUCAUCUAGGAAGUAGGCAAUUUCCACAACAUGGUGACAGAUCUGUGGGAAAUGCUUUUGUGAAUAGCACACAUUUAGAGAUAAUGAUUAUUAUCGUCUAUUUUGUAAGAAACAAAUGUUUUAUUUGUAAUUUUGAACCGCAGUAAGAUGUUGAUAAUACCUCCACAAACUUUCGUUUGUGAGGGACAAACUUUUGUUUGUGAGGGAACAAUGGCAUCACCAUAUCUGUUGGUUGGUUUGUCAAGCUGCGCAUGUUGAUUUUUUGUUAGGAACUGGUUCCUUAGUUUUGUGCCUAAUAACAUGAAACUAUCUAAGUAUGAUAUUUAUAAUCCAAGACGUAAUUUUUAUGAUGUCAUACUAUUUUACUAUUAUUUAUUAAAUUAAUAAACAUGAAGCUUUUA